AUGUGUUAUGGUAGAUAUUAAUAAAGAAAGUAUUUUAGAAGGAGAUUUGGUUGUUCAAAAUGUAUUGAAGAAUCAAUAAAAUCUAAUAUAGGUAAGUUUGAUUAAAUCAAAAGUUUGGAUUCCUUUUGGGCAUAAUGGGAAAUAAUUUCUAAAGAUAACAAAAGUUUUAUAUAGGAAACUAUGAAAAAGAUUGAUGAGCAUACUAAGGAAUUAUCAACAUUCAACAGCAUAAUACUAAAUAGUAUAAUUGAAGUAACUAAUUUCUUUUUACAAAAAUUAUAAGACUAAUUAUAGGUUUUUGAAGUAGAACCUCAAUAUUUAUCAGAAGAACACAUUUUUUAAAUUGCAGAGAAUCUAAGUAAUUAAAAGGAUUAUUUGGAUAAUUUUAAAAGUUAAUAACAAGAUUAUUACCAUUCAUAUUUAAAAGAGAUUUAAAAUAUAUUGGAUUAAAAUAAUAUUACAAUAAUUUAGAAGGUAAGAAAACAUAAUUUAAGUAUAGUUCAUCAACAAAUUAACAUUAAAAUUAAACUUCAAAAAUAAUCAUCUAAAUAAAAAGGAAUAAUUGGUAUUGGUAUAUUAAUAGGUUGUUGUAUAACAAUAAUGAUUAAUUUUAAUUUACCAAUAGGUUAGAUUAAUUAAUAUCUAAAAAUUAAUCAAAAAAUCAUAAAAAAUGAAAAAGAAGUUAAUGAUUUUUAAUCAAAAGAGUGUUUAUCAAUAGAUUAAAUUAAUUAAAAUCAAAAAAUCAUCAAAAAUGAGAUAGAAGUUAAUUAGUUUUUAUAUUAGCCUAUGUAAUCAAAUCUAAAAGAUAUACAACUAAAAUGUUAAUUAUUUGCUUUUAAUUCAAAUAAUUCAAUAAUGAUAGCUGGUUGCGAAAAACAGAUUUAAGUAUUUUAGUUCGUUGAUGGAUAACUAUAUUAUAAAUAAACUAUCAGUUCCCACAAUGACAAUCUUACCGCUUUAUACCAUAUGAAUAAUUCUGAAUAAUUUGUUUCAGGUGAUAUGAAGGGAACAAUGAUGAUUUGGAAAUACAAGAUGGCAGAUAAAUGGGAAUAGAAAGAACGAUUUGAGUAAUUACAUAAAGGUAGAAUAAAUGAAAUCAGAAUGAAUAUUAAAGAAGAUAUUAUAAUUACAUGCGGGGAUGAUAAAUCUAUCUAAAUUUUGAAAAUUGAAAAAAAAUGGAAGCCUUAAUAGAGAAUCGCUUAAUUUAAGAGUAAGGUAUUAAGUCUUAUUUUGAAUGAAGUUGAAGAUUAAUUAAUAUCCUCUGAUUAUGACGGGAUUAUAUCAGUGAUGAAAAAAACAAAUUAAGACAACUGGAAGGUAAACUAAAAUAUUACUGCAAUUCCUGGAUUUAAAUUAACUUUAAUCGAUGCUAAUUAAUUUGUUUAUCAAUCAAAUAAAGGAGAUAUGUAAGUAUUUAAACUGAAAGGUGAUUAAUACAAGGAAAUUUAAGCUAUUAAUUUGAAAGGAGAUGGAGGCGAAAAUAUUUGCCAUAUCUCUUCAGUAUUUGUAAAAUAGAAAUCCAUUCUGAUCAGUAUUAAUAAUAAAUAAUUACAUAUGAUCAAGAAGAAGUAGAAUGGAGAUCUUGAAAUUUAUAAAUCAAUUGUGCAUUAACAAAAUCCUGUCUAUGGUGGGUUAAGCAACGAUGGAGAAUAUUUAAUCACAUUGGACGAAAAAAAUUAGGGGCAGUUACAAAGAUUUGUUCAGCAAAAUUGA